AGGGCAAAAAUGAAAGCAGGCUGUAGCAUCGUGGAAAAGCCAGAAGGCGGUGGAGGAUAUCAGUUUCCAGAUUGGGCCUACAAAGCGGAGUCAUCACCAGGCUCCCGGCAGAUCCAGCUGUGGCACUUCAUCCUGGAGCUGCUGCAGAAAGAAGAGUUCCGCCAUGUCAUCGCCUGGCAGCAGGGAGAGUACGGGGAGUUUGUCAUCAAGGAUCCAGAUGAGGUGGCUCGCCUCUGGGGCCGCAGGAAGUGCAAGCCACAGAUGAACUAUGACAAGCUGAGCCGGGCCCUCAGAUACUAUUACAACAAGAGGAUCCUUCAUAAGACAAAAGGGAAGAGGUUCACGUACAAGUUUAACUUCAACAAGCUGGUGGUGCCCAGCUACCCUUUCAUCAACAUCCGCUCAAGCGGUGUGGUCCCUCAGAGUGCUCCGCCAGUGCCAACAGCCUCCCGGUUCCACUUCCCACCUCUAGACACCCAUUCUCCUACGGGUGACAUGCAGCCAGGGCGGUUCUCUGCUAGCUCCCUGAAUGUGUCCGGUCCUGAGUCAGGUGGGACCACUGAUAGGAAGGUGGAGCCUUCAGACCUGGAAGAUGGCUCGACCUCUGACUGGCACCGGAGCAUGGAUUUCAUGCCCUCUCGAAAUGCUCUUAGUGGAGGAGGACUUGGCCACCAGAAACGCAAGCCAGACAUAAUGCUUCCUCUCUUCACUCGGCCCACAAUGUACCCUGAUCCUCACAGUCCCUUUGCUGUCUCUCCAGUCCCUGGCCGAGGAGGUGUCCUCAAUGUCCCCAUUUCACCAGCCCUGUCCUUGACUCCCACCAUGUUCUCCUAUAGUCCCUCACCAGGCCUGAGCCCCUUCACCAGCAGCAGUUGCUUCUCCUUCAACCCAGAGGAAAUGAAACACUACCUUCAUUCUCAGGCCUGUUCUGUGUUCAACUACCAUCUGAGUCCUCGGACUUUUCCCCGUUACCCAGGGCUCAUGGUCCCACCCCUGCAGUGCCAAAUGCAUUCUGAGGAGACAUCCCAGUUCUCUAUCAAGCUGCAGCCCCCACCAGCUGGACGGAAGCACCGAGAGAGGGUGGAGAGCAGUGAGGAGGCCACACAUGGCCCUGUGCCGGCCAGUGCCCCUAUUCCCUCUCGAAUUAAGGUGGAGCCCACCUCUGAGAAGGGCCCUGAGAGCCUCAGGCAGCCGACCCAAGAAAAGGAAGAGCACUCCCAGGAAGAGGACACCAUGCAGACUGGGACCACGGAGAAGGGGAAAGGUGCAGUACAUGCCCAACCCUCACCCACCUGGCCCUCUGUGUCCAAGGGCAUCCCCAGUGACAAGCCCCUAGAGGUGACUGAAGACAGGGAGGACAGAUCUGGCAAGGAGCCCAGCGUGUCUGAGAAGAAAGAAGAUGCCCUGAUGCCCCCUAAGCUUCGCUUGAAGAGGCGAUGGAAUGAUGACCCUGAGGCCCGGGAGCUCAGUAAGAUGGGCAAGUUCCUGUGGAAUGGGGCAAGGCCCCAGGGCCUGGCUACAGUGGCUGCUGCCGCUGCCGAUGCUUAAAACCACAGUGGAAGGGAAGCUGUUCACAUCCCAAUCAGACACAAUUUAUGUAGCAAGAUUCUGGGGCGGGAGGUGCAUGGACUUUUCUGUUGAGGAUGAGACGAUUAUCUUGUGUUGUAAAUUAAGUGGAAUAUGAACACCCUUUUUUUUUUUUUCUUGGUGAGUAGGAAGCUGUUGAACUGUGGGGGAAGGAGCCUGUUUCCUGCUUACGACUAAUUCUGCCUGAGAAGCCCUGUAAGGGUCCACAUACCUUGUAGUCCCACUGCAGUUCAGGAUCCAUAGUCUUUCUAUUGUAUUUAGCUAUAUAUAUAGAAAGCCAAUAAUGGAAUAUUUUGCUUUGAGAGAGAGAUAAAAGGAAAAGGCUGGAAGGUUGAGUGGUGAGAAACAAUACUAAGCAUGAAAUAUUUCUUUAUUUCAGGAGAGAAAAAAGCUAAUUGUAGGCUUACUAGAGUGGGGGACAUUUAGAUGAUGCUCUCUACUCUCCCCUCCCCAACACUCUCUGUCACACGCAUGCUCUCUGUCUGGGGGGAGGGGUGGCACACAUUUGGCUUUUUCCCUGUUUUUAGAUAAUAUCGUCAAGACAUGUGAGUGCACUGCCAGUUAUAAUGGGCAGGGAGGGCACAGGGCCGCCUGGCCCUCAGCUUCAGGGCUGAGGUGGGAGGGAAGCCUGGCUGCAAGCUCCUUGGACUUUCACCUACUUCACCUAUUAAAAAGCCAUGAGGAGUUGUAAACUCUUGAUCAGGGAAGAAAGAAAAGGCCAGAGGAAGUAACCCAAUGCCUUUAAAAACAAAACAAAUGACAGAAAUGGUUUUCAUUUUUCUUUUUCCACUGUUGGUUUGGGAAAGCAAACCAAGUGUGACUGAGCAAGUUUUAUAGGAAGCGGGAUAGCACCGCUGAAGAUGUUUUUCUGUUGUGUCUGGUUGUCUUACUGUUUCCUUAAGUCGAGCCUUAACCAUGAACAUGCUUUAAGAUGAUACGGGUCUGUCAACAUGAACCUGUGAGGGCGUGGACACUGAUCAGAUAGCCCAGGGAUGCUGAGGCAUAGUUGAAUUCUUAGCUGACAGUUGUACCCUCUGAUGUUACCAGACCGGGUGGCAAAGGGGCAAGAUUGUGGGAAUGAAAGGCAGAUGAUAGCCUGUAGUUAUCAAAGUAGGGUUUGUUGAAACUGAUGGAAGGGGGGAGGUGCUGACCAGAUGCCUGAUAACCAAAAGUUCCCAGAUGCCAAAAGGCUGGGUGUGCGGGAAGAGCUGGUGUCUGCCCUGUUGCCAUCCUGUGAUCCCCGUUUGCCCAGAUGUUCUGAUCAGUUGACUAUUCACAAAAUAGAGUUCACAGAUAGGAGUCAUUUCUUCAUGGGAAAUUCUCCUACAGCAACUUCAAAGAAAUGGGAGGAUACUGACCUUUUGGGAAACAAAACACUCACAGUAGGGCAGAGAAAGCAGCAACAACCAGCCUCCUCUGUGCAUGCAUGUGCUUUGAGGGGCUCAGAGCAGCAAGAACAGAUGGUUCCGAUUCUGCUGAGGCAAGGGAUGGCAUUCAGCACCUCAGAGCUGUAACUCAUUCCACCACUUUCGCCUAGCUGAAAAUUCUGUAUGUCAAGUAACACUUGAGUGUUGUCCUUUGGUGGUGGAGUGUUUGGUCUUUGCUUUGUUUAACUGAAGUGCAUGCACAAAAGGAGCUCAGGACACAUUAGAACUGAUAAGAGACAUCACCUGACUUGGGGGCGUCAUUACUAUUUCUUGAUGAGUGUCCUGUCAUGACUGUCUUUCCCCAGGAAAGGGACUGAGUGGUCUCUAGUGGUUCAGGCUUUGAUCAAGUCACAAAGUCUCACCACUCUUGCUGCUUUUGGUGGUGGUUUUGAUCAGUUUCCUUCUCUGCACCCGACGUACCUCUGAAAAGCAAGCCAAGCCGGUAGAAGAGGGCUCUCUGCUUGUUGUUGCCCAUCAAACCAGGGAGGCUAGCUGGCCACCAGCUAGAGGGGAUGGCUAGCAAGUGUCAUUGUGACUCAGGAAUAGAAACAUGGGGCCUUUAAAAUGAAAGGAGGAAAAUCCAUGAUGCAACCUGUAAAAAACCCCUAGACCCAAGUGCCGGAAUUAAUCCUAGAUGCUGCUUCCAUUUGAAUAAGCCACUGCUUUUACACUUGAAAAUCAGUCAAAAUGGUGAACUCCAUGAAAAAUGUUUUUGGACUUUUAUGAAACUAUUUGCUGUUUGUUUGCUUUGAUUGCCAUUCCACCAGUAAUUUCUUGGUUGAUUGGCACUGCACACAGUUGGAGUUUGGAUCUGGGGAAGGAUCUCUCCACAGAGCAGAACUUGGACUUGCUCAGGAAGUGGACCAGGAAAUGUGUCAAUCACUGAUACUUCCUGUGGCAAAGGAAUGAGAGUUUUCUUCUCUUCCUGGCCUGUUCCUGGCGGUUCCUGCCUCCAGCCUGCUGGUAUGAAAUAAGAUGGUUGCCGUCUGUGAGCGGCUCUUUGUCCAACAGCCAGGUGAGAGGGGGCUGAACACUAGACCUACUUCCUCCCUCUCUUUGUUUUUUCUAAAUUUUGUUGUGCCAAAUGUGUAAAACUUUGUAGGUGUAAAUCUAUUGAAAUUUCACUAAUCAAGAGCUUCAUUUAAACAGUUUGCUUUUUUAGCUGUAGAAAAAGUAGCAAACUCAGGAGCUUCAGCAUUGCUGAGCUCACCUGUUUUUCUAGAGACACAUAGAAUCCAUGUCCCCUGGGUGUCAGGCUGCACUGCAUUAAACCCAGCCCAGUGAUGCAAGGAACCCUAGUGACCCAUUGGCCAAGAAGCUUCCAGCAGCAUUAAAAAAAGUUAUAUUCCACUGCCAAGUGGGUAUCAUUUAGCUGUUUGUCCCUUGUUUUUUGUUUUGUUUUUUUUUUAUUUAUUCCAUAAUUGUGUUUGUGCUUUUUCUUGUGUAAACGAUAGCGAGGCAUAUGUUUUUAUGUGGCUUUAGAGAAAGCUUCAGUCUUCAAAGAACUGUUCUAAUUAGUUCCUCCUUGGAAAAAGUUAUGCGUUAAUUUGUUUCAACAUGUUUAGGCAUUCUUUGAAUUAUAAACUUGUGAUGCAGGGAUUUGUGAAUGAGACGUUCACAUGUGAAGAUGACUUCACUAGAUAUCUGUGUAAGCAGAAUAAGAUGUGUAUAUGUACAUAAAAUAUAAGGAACCUGAGCACCAUUGUGCAGUGCCUUUUACAUGUUCUGCUUUCUAAAGUCUUCAAAAUUUUUGCAUAUAUAUUAUAUAUAUGAUGUAAUGUUAUAGAAAUAUAUGUAUAAUAUACAUAUUUUUUCCAGGGGUAUCUGAUAGCUCUGUAUUUUGUUAUGGAAGUCGAAAGAAGAAGUAUUUUACCUCAAAAAUUAAAGUUAAAUUUAAAAACAAA